AUGUCUUGCACGCCGAAACUUGAUGAUCAUACAGCUUAUGAUCCGCUGAAUGAUGACAAGUCUUCUCAGAUGCAUCGAGGCCCUCGGAAAGGUCUUCUGAGCUUUACAGCAGACAACGUUACUAUCCCGCUGGCAUUCUUUAUUGGCACAGGAGGCGCGAUUGCAUGCUUUUGCUUCACCUAUUGGCUCAGUAACCAGAUAUUCGACUGCCCCGACUGGGCUCUGGAUUGUUCCGUGUCGUCUUUCGUCACGACUCUUCACGACGAGAUCGCGCUUGUUCAAGGUAUAACCUCGACCAUAUACGGUAUUUGCAUGUCAUGCAUGGCAUAUGCCACUUACCAGCUGGCCGAGACGACUAUUUGGCCUACCUUGACUCAGAGGACCUUUGAUUUGGACACUAUCGAUCGUUACCUGUCUACGACGCGUGGAUCGAUUGCUUCGGCACCACUAGCAGUGCUCCACUCACGAAGGUUCAAUAAACUUGCUGUUUUGCUAGCAGUCACCAUUCUUUCGCUCCUUCUCAAGGCUGACGCGACUGUUGUGGGAUAUGCUUUCAACAUUGGCACUGUUCCGACCACGUUAACAAGCAGCCAAAAGACCCAAGGAGGCAUCGGUUUGGCGUUCAGGCAGAUGAAUCCACCUCCCAGCUUGCCUGGUGCCGUUACUGUGGCCAUAACCAACUACCAGACAUGGGCCUACAAUCAGGUGGAAGAGCCGAUGUGGCAGCAGAGAGAGUUCAUGAUUGACAGAAGGCAACUGCUUGCACUUGGCAAUUUCACGGCCAAAGCGGUCAAGGUGGAUAUGAAGCAAAACUGCUCAGCAUGGCGCACGGAUCUUUCCGGGGAACUGCACCGGGUCAACGGUGACAAGCAAUGGAAAGUCGCGACGAAUAUGGACAAGUUUUCGGAUUCUUCUGUUUCGCUACGGCUACAUUCAGAGCUCACAGUGUGGGUGGACCACUACAGAAAAAACGGCGAUGCCUCCGCUACAACGAGACUAGUCUUUGCUGCGAUCAACGGAGAUAUUGAAGGUGGAUACCUCAAUAUCCCGCCAUCCGAGUCAGAGAUGUAUACGGAUGGCGUCGAGGCGAUUUCGACGCUGGCAUGCGACGUCAAUGUCCAGCUUGUCGACAGCUCCGUGUGUACCUAUCCGACACCAGAUUUGUGCCCCUCUUGGAAUCAAGAUAAGCCACUGAGCGAUUUGACAAAUCUUAAAUCUCCUGGUCGAAUGGGACCAAUAGGGCAUUGGCAAACUGCUGUGUGGCUAGGCGCAAUGGCCUCACUUGUGGGAAUCAGCGUCUCGGGAGCACAGCCAUUGUUCGAGGCAGGUCCUGCCCUUUCAUCCCAGAACAACAUCACUCUCCCGAUUCCCUGGACCAGCGAUGUCAGCCAGAGACCGUAUCCUGCUUAUAGCUGGACCCAUUCCCAAUUGAACGCCUUCGUGAACACCAGUGCCGGGGCUUUGACGACUGCCAUAACGAAACGAUGGGAGUCGGACCCUAUCACCAUCCAGUCUUCUAAGCUACUGAAUCGCAUGCAGACUUCGCGCUCAUACCUAAUGCUGUUGCCCGUUGCAAUGACUCUCGCUAGUCUCGCAGCAAUGCUGGUGUUAACAAAGACAAUGCAUCGAUCUUGCAAAGUGGACGUUAUACGACUUGGAAAUACCACUGAAAUGAUUGACAGCACUCAAAGCCUGGAUAUGGCAGAUGUCGUGGAACAGGCGAGAAAGUCCUUGGAUACCCGAAAGGCUUUGUCAAAAGUAAGAGUUCGCUAUGGGUUUCUCGCACAGGGUGGUAUUGGGCUAGCGGAGACGACUAAGGUGACUGCUCUUCGUAGAGGUGUUCUUGGCCGAGAUUACCUAUAG